AUGACGCUGGAGGGUUUCAAGGAGCUGGUGUCGUGGGCCCGGAAGGCCGAGCAGAAUAAGGACUGGCCCGUCUACAUUAAACGCAGCAGCCAGGAGCACAGAAGUCCAGGGCCCCGGCUGUCCCGGGCCGUUCUCCUUCGUCCUGGACGCGGAGCGGAGAAGCCCGGGCUCCCGGCUCGGGUUAUGUAUGAUUUUGCUGCUGAACCUGGAAAUAAUGAACUGACAGUUAAUGAAGGAGAAAUCAUCACAAUUACAAAUCCGGAUGUUGGUGGAGGAUGGCUGGAAGCAAGAAACAGCAAAGGGGAACGAGGUCUUGUUCCCACAGACUAUGUUGAAAUUUUGUCCAGUGAUAGAAAAGAUCCAUUUUCUUGUGGAAAUUCAGUAGCUGAUCAAGCCUUCCUCGAUUCCCUCUCAGCAAGUACAGCUCAAGCUAAUUCGUCAGCUGCCAACAGUAACAACCAGGUCAGCAGUGGCAGUGACCCCUGGUCAGCCUGGAGUGCCUCCAAAUCUGGAAACUGGGACAGCACAGAUGGCUGGGGAGCCAAGCCAGAGGGGUCUGCAGCCCAGAGAAACACUUCCAAUAACUGGGACACUACCUUUGGUCAUCCCCAGGCCUACCAAGGACCAGCAACUGGUGACGACGAUGACUGGGACGAAGACUGGGACGACCCCAAGUCAUCAUCUCCCUACUUCAAGGACUCAGAGGCGGCCGAAGCAGGAGGUGCUCAGCGCGGAAACAGCCGUGCUGGUGCCUCGUCCAUGAAGCUGCCACUUAACAAAUUUCCGGGAUUUGCGAAACCUGGGAUGGAACAGUAUUUGUUGACUAAGCAACUAGCAAAACCCAAAGAGAAAAUUCCUAUCAUUGUUGGAGAUUAUGGCCCGAUGUGGGUUUAUCCUACCUCUACCUUUGACUGUGUGGUAGCAGACCCCAGGAAAGGCUCCAAAAUGUAUGGGCUGAAGAGCUACAUUGAGUAUCAGCUAACACCCACUAAUACUAAUCGAUCUGUAAACCACAGGUAUAAGCACUUUGACUGGUUAUAUGAACGUCUCCUGGUUAAGUUUGGGUCAGCCAUUCCAAUCCCUUCUCUUCCAGACAAGCAGGUCACAGGUCGCUUUGAAGAAGAAUUUAUCAAAAUGCGCAUGGAGAGACUUCAGGCGUGGAUGACCAGGAUGUGUCGACAUCCAGUAAUUUCAGAAAGUGAGGUUUUCCAGCAGUUUCUAAAUUUCCGGGAUGAAAAGGAAUGGAAAACUGGGAAGAGGAAGGCUGAGAAAGAUGAGCUGGUGGGAGUCAUGAUAUUUUCCACCAUGGAACCAGAGGCCCCUGACUUGGACUUAACAGAAAUAGAACAGAAGUGUGAUGCUGUUGGUAAAUUCACCAAAGCCAUGGAUGACGGCGUGAAGGAGCUGCUGACCGUAGGGCAGGAGCACUGGAAGCGAUGCACAGGACCACUACCCAAGGAGUAUCAGAAGAUAGGAAAGGCCUUGCAGAGUUUAGCAACAGUAUUCAGUUCCAGUGGUUAUCAAGGUGAAACAGAUCUCAAUGAUGCAAUUACAGAAGCAGGAAAGACUUACGAAGAAAUUGCCAGUCUUGUGGCAGAACAGCCAAAGAAAGAUCUCCAUUUCCUGAUGGAAUGUAAUCAUGAAUAUAAAGGUUUCCUUGGCUGCUUCCCUGAUAUUAUCGGUGCUCACAAGGGAGCAAUUGAAAAAGUGAAAGAAAGUGAUAAACUGGUUGCAACUAGUAAAAUCACCCCACAGGACAAACAGAACAUGGUGAAGCGCGUGGGCACUAUGUCUUACGCAUUACAAGCGGAGAUGAAUCACUUCCAUAGUAACCGGAUCUAUGACUACAACAGUGUCAUCCGCCUGUACCUGGAGCAGCAGGUACAGUUCUAUGAAACGAUUGCAGAGAAGCUGAGGCAGGCCCUCGGCCGCUUCCCGGUUAUGUAGAACAGAGUGGAACCUGAAGAAAACUCCGAAGUGCUUCUUUCUGACUUGGGGCAAUGCAGUUUAAUCCCCCCAGCCCCCAUCAUCCAAAAAAACAAAAAGGAAAGAAAACCAAAAAGAGAUAGAGUUGGAAAAACUACAUUUUAUCACUAGCCAAAUGCAUCAGCUAUACAGUUUUCUUUUGUUCAUUUCUACGGCCAUUAUUUAAACCAGUUUAAAUAAGGAAAGUACUUAAAAGUACCAGAAUUUUGAAUGGAAAAUUAGAGGUUUCCCCACUGAUAUUUUGCAUAAAAUUGUAAUUUUUCAGUCACCCACAAUCUUCCAGUUCUUACCCAAGGUCAGAUAAUUACUAAUUGCUUUCUUAAAAAUAUGAAAUAUGCCAGAAUAAAAACAUAUCUUUGUAUAUAUUUUUAUAAUUCUUUCUGAUGCUUUGGGAUUCCUGUCUAUUUAGGAAAAUCUACAUGCCUUUCACUGACGUAUUUAUGACCCAAGUGCUUGCGUUUUUAGGAAAGGAAGCAGGCCUGUCCCUUCAGAGGGUGCGGCUGGGCAGAAUCCGAGAUCAGGGUCCCCUGCCCGCCCUCAGGAAGGGCUUUGGCGCGCUGUCACCCGGAGGAGGGCUUUCUCUCCUGCACUUCCUUCCUGCGCAUGGCCCGCUUUUUGCUAGAAAGAAUGCCUGGGCAAAGUGGGGAGCGUUUUCCAGUGCUCUGACUCCCCCCCACCAGGGGAUGAGCGGCCGCACUGACCCCUGUGCUCAGGAAGGAAUGCUCCGGGUCAGGUUGGGGGACGGACGCGUUCCUCCAGGGCUUUUUACCUGGACCUCCCCCAUCCCCAGCAAAUGGAAAAGCUUAGCGACUGAGAAGGGAGACGGCUGAAUAAUGUGUGCUAACCCCAGAGCUUCCCAGAGCAGUGCUCUUCCUGACCGUACCCUGCUUCAGGCGGAGUUUUCCUGGUCACUGGUACUUCAGUUAACGGCAUAAAGCAAAGCAGGCUCUGCAGGCUGCCAGCUGUAGGCCUGAAGGCUCAGCACACUGUCUGCCCUGCGGACGAGCACCAUCCGCACACUUGCCUUACUUACUACAUGGUCUUCACUCUCUCCGUUCCUGACCUGAUCCUUUUACUACAGAAAAUGGAAGGUUUGGGCCGGCACAAAGGAGGUGAAACCAAAACACAGGUAGAAGAGGAGAUCAGAAGAACAUGAGCAAGGACUUUCUGUUCUUUAGUAUCACGGGUUUUUGUUAAUGUUUUAUAAGUAAUUUUCCCUUGAUUUUUCUUUUAUAAAAUCUCAUAGAACAGUGUUUAUGAUAUAGCCAUUUAAUAUAUGUACAAAUUGUAAAGAAUAUGUACAAAUGUUUUACACAAAUGUAAGAACUUGUAGAAGCCAACAUAUAAAUAAAUUGUUUAAAAAAACUGUACAGUAAAUUCUCAAACCACUUUUUCAAAACA